CACACUUGACUAACAACAUUUGAACUGAAUUCAAUAGAAAUAUUUGAAAACUAGCGAUAAUAAUUGUAAUUAAAACCACACAAAAUGAUGAAUAAUAAGCAAAUAUUGAAAUUAAUGGCCAUUGUGUUAACCAUUAAUCUGGUAUUGGCCUAUCCCCAGGAACAGCAGAGGCAAAGACUGAUACAAAAUGAAAAUAAUAAUAAUAAUGAGGCAGCCAGUCAAGCUCUAUCGAACAUCUAUAGAUAUGAACGGACUUUAAGCCGUCUGAGAAGAGCUCUCGAGGAAUUGGUCUAUGAAGAUGAGACCAAUGAUGACAUGGAUUUGGCCGAGAUUAAUGUGUUUCGACCCCUUUUCCGGUAUCGUGCUGAGAUAGCCAAACAGGUCAAAAAUCCCCAAAGGCAAUCGGGCUGAAUAAAACAACAAAAAAAAAAAAAACCCAACUCAAUUAGCUAUAUAAAAACAUUAUUAGACUUAUUCAUUCUCAUUAUACACACACGUUUUGAUACCACACACAUAUACGCAUACA